UCUGGUUUAGUGGGUGUGAAACUACCUUUCCGUUGUUCUGAUUUCGGCCAUCUUGAAUAGUGAAAAGCAAUUUGUGAUAAAAACAAUUUUAACGAAGUUAUAUUACAGUAAAUGUUAUUUAAAAUCCGGUGAUUGUGUUUUAGUUAAUAAAUUAGUUUAUUACAAUAAAAUGGGUCGUAAGAAGAAGAAGUUGUCGAAACCUUGGUGCUGGUAUUGCAAUCGAGAGUUCGAAGAUGAGAAAAUCCUUAUCCAACACCAAAAAGCCAAACAUUUUAAAUGUCACAUAUGCCAUAAAAAAUUAUAUACUGGCCCAGGCCUCUCUAUACAUUGCAUGCAGGUUCAUAAGGAAACGAUAGAUAAGGUUCCUAAUUCAUUGCCAAAUCGUUCCAAUGUUGAUAUUGAAAUAUAUGGGAUGGAAGGAAUACCAGCAGCAGAUCUUCGAGAACAUGAGAGACAAAAACAAGGAAGUAGGCCAGCAAAUGAUUCUGGUUCGGAUGAUGACGAACCUGCAGUUAAACGGCCAAAACCAGAGGGUCUCUUAGGCAGUGCUCCAGGAGUUAUGCAAGGAAUGCCUAAUAUGGUGCCAGGAAUGAUGCCACCUCCAGGAAUGCCACCAGGUAUGCCUAUGGGUCCGAUGAUGCAAAUGGGACCUAUGGGACCUCAUUUCAUGCCACAUCCAGGGAUGCAGAUGAUGCCUCCCCAUAUGCAGCAAAUGAUGCAAGGUCAGGGUGGCCCUCCAAAGCCCCUGUUUCCCAGCGCUAUUCCUACCUCAUCACCUGGUGCACAAGGUACACCAGUAGUUGGAGCAGAUUUUAAGCCCAUAUCAUCAGCUGCAACAAUAAGUGCACCUCCAACCACAAAUACUCCGGCGGGUAGUAGUAAUAGUACAGAUGUUAAAGCAUCCACGAUAGCUACAUCUAGUGCUACUAGUAAAAUUAUACAUCCUUCCGAGGAUACGUCACUAGAAGAGUUGAGAUCUAGAAAUCCAAAAUAUGCUAGAAGUAUAUCCAAAUCAGAUGAUGGUGCUUCAAGUUCCAGCACUGCUGCAUCAGAGUUGGCUAUAGCAGUGUCAGCAGCCCAACAAGCGGCAGCUCAACAGAAACAUGUUGAUGCAAUGAAUCACCAUGCCGCCAUGAUGCAAAGGUUUCCCGUUCGGGUAACAGGUCCUCCAAUCGGUAUGACGAUGGGGGGACCUAUCAUGGCGCCCAUGAGACCUCAAAUGAUACCUGGCCCACCUACGCUUAUUGGGGGACCUCUCAUGAGGCCACCGCCUCUCUCUAUGCCUCCAGGUAUGAUCGGAAUGCCGCCUGGAAUGAUGUAUGGUGCCCAUAUGUUCCCUACGGGACCAGUGCUUAUGCAGCCACGUUUCAGAUGAUCUCCGAUGUACCUCGUCUAUCAUCCACAAGUUUAAGAUUAAGUCUACACACCUUUUAAGAUAAGAUUUAAAUGUUUUUUUAUUUUUCUUUUUUUAUCGAAAAAGAAAUGUUAGAGACCUCAUCCUCCCGAAUUUUCCUGAUGAAGAAAACAGGCAAAGAGUAAGAACUGUUAGUUUCGUCCAGGACGAUUCAAUGUUUGUUUCAAUAUCCUCAGAAAGGCGAAAGAAUAUAAGUAACAUAAGUUUUAUUAAAAUCCACAAGACAAUUAAAUUCCUGUGGCUGACUGACCAUUAAUCACAAAAAAAUAAAAAAUCCUUUAAAAAAGGUAAAAUCCCUUAACCUUCGGAUGACCAAGCGGGGUAAAUUGUGACCCCAGCGUAUGUUUUUCUUUAAUAAAUUCAAAAGUAUUUUCAGUUUUUAACUCAUUAUUUUUGUAUUUGACUUUAAUAUCAUUCUAGAUAUCCUCAGAUUUUGAAAUAAAAAAAAUUCCCUAUAUUUUACGAAUAAAAAAUAUAUUCUGAAGUUGAUGUUUAGUAAAAUCCAUCUAUUAUGUGUAAUUCCAAGUAGUUUUACGCUAAUGACGUCGACUUUGCAAAGUAACAAGACACUUACUCAACAUACACACUACACAUGACACUAAUACUUAUGUUGUGACUAGCUGAAUGGCAUAAAGUCCAUGCCAUAAAAAAAACUUCAUUUUUUUGUUAAUUGUCAUUUUUGACCUGGGGUCAUUUCCCCCCCUUGGUCAUCCGUGUAACAAAAAAGGUUGGUCAUCGGAAGGUUAAAGGGCUAUAUCACAAAACGUUUGCGGAGUAAUUCCAUCAUCAGUGCUUUUUACCUGAAAUAAGUAUAAACGUUUUAACGAAAGCAAACGAAGGUUACAUUUUGACUAAGGUUAAAAAUGAUCAGUUGGUUAUACGUACCGGUUGUCCCAAUAAGAAUGGCUCUCGGCCAUAUCUCAGGAACCGUUUAUGUUUAUAUUACAGCUUUGGGAAAAAAUUUUAUAACAAAAGUUGCCUCGAGAAAAGCCUGAAAAUUAUUUUCAUAAUUGUAAGUCCACCGCUAGAGGGCGUAAUUGAAUAUCAAAAAUUUAAAAAUCAAAAUUUUACAAAAUUUACAUAAUGAAAGGGCACUGAAAAUACGAUCAUGGUAUUCUUCGCAAAAUUCUGCGAAUAUUUGAGUUCACAAGUGUAACUCUACCUUUGCAAAUAAGAGGUGGGGGUGAGUGGGAACCUUGUUAUGAAAAAACAGAUCUUUUUCGUCAAUGUAAGAGUUAUAAUUACGAAACAGCCUAAUAAGUAAUAUACCAGCUAGGGGGCGCUAUUUUAUGUUUUUCAGAAAUCUAGUUUUCUUUAGAAAAUAUUAAAUACAAGUAUGCACUUUUAACCCUAUAUUACAAAAUUAGACCAAAUUAGCAACAGAAUCGCAUGUCGAUACCAUUUUCUAUCUCGAGAUAUCUUAAGAAACGUAUAAAUUGUAAACAAACUGAUGUCACCUGUAAACGAAGUUAAGGAAAUCAAAGUGAAAACAGGUAGUUUGCUAUGGAAGACAGAAGUGAAUAUUUCUCAUAGAUUCAAUUAUAUUCGGUUCGAUUCAAUUCGAUUCCAUUCGAUUGGAUUUAAUUUUAUUUAUUAUAAUUAUGCUUAUAAUUUAAUAUAUUUAAAAUAUACCCAAUUUAAUACAUAAUAUAUUAUGGUUUGUCAAACGUAGUUUAAAAAUCUUACAAUCGCCGAAAUUUUUAAACUUUUUGCUACGUUUGACAAACUGUACUAGUGAUUUUACCCGUUAAUUUUAGAAUUAACAAACUUUCAAAAGAAGUUUUACUUCAAAUUUGAUAGUGAAUUUAAUUAUUAUGUAUUAUAUAAAAUAAAUAAGAUGUUUAAAAAUACAAUUUGAGGAUAAGUAGGUUGAAAGGAAUAAUACAAUCAACAAAUUUAAAAAGGUCACUUUUGCAUAACGGCCUCGCCUUUAAUGAGAGUAUCUAAUAAUAAAUGAACUCUUCCAUGCAUUAUUUACGAUUAAAAUUUACACGAAGUAUUUACUAUACUUCAUCAGUAAUUAAAUUUUAAAAUUAAAAAAUAUCGGUUACUUUAUUAAGAAAAAUAAUUUAAAGCUUUAUGUACCUUUAUAUCUUACUAAUCCUAAUUUUAACUGGUAAAAUCACUAGUAUAUAAUAUUAUGUAUUAAAUUAGGUAUAUAUGAUAUAUCUAUAUUAAAUUAUAGGCAUAAUAUACAUUAAAUAAAAUUAAAUCUAAUCGAAUGGAAUCGAAUUGAAUCAAACGAAUAUAAUCGAAUCUAUAAUAAGUAUUCACUUCUGUCGGCAUUCCGCCACGCUCUAAUUUUUUCCACAGCACACUACUUGUUUCCACUUUGGUUUCCGUAACUUCGUUUACAGGAGACAUCAUCAGCUAUGUUUAAAAAUUAACACGUUUCUUAAGAUAUCUCGAGAUAAAAAAAGGUAUUGACAUGCGGUUUUCGCUAUUUUGUUGCUAAUUUGGUCUAAUUUUGUAAUACAGGAUUAAAAAUGUAUAUUUGUAUUUAAUAUUUUCUAAAGAAAACUAGAUUUCCGAAAAACAUAAAAUAGCGCCCCCUAGCUGGUAUAUUACUUAUUAGGCUGUUUCGUAAUUAUAACUCUUACAUUGACGAAAAAGAUCUGUUUUCAACGAGAUCAAGUUUGCAAAAAUCGAUUUAGCAGAUCCCGACUUACAGCCAUUUUUUCAUAACAAGGUUCCCACUCACCCUCACCUCUUAUUUGAAAAGAUAGACUUAAACUUGCGAAAUAAAAUAUGCGCAGGAUUUUAUAAAGAAUACGAUGAUCGGAUUUCCAGUGCCCUUUCAUUGGGUAAAUUUUGUAAAAUUUUGAUUUUUUUAAUUUUUGAUAUUCAGUUACGCCCUCUAGCGGUGGGCUUAUAAUUAUGAAAAUAAUUUCCAGGCUUUUCCCGAGGCAACUUCUGUUAUAAAUUUUUUUCCCAAAGCUGUACUAUAAACGGUUCCUGAGAUAUAGCCGAGAGCCAUUCUUAUUGGGACUCCCGGUACAGGUUAAAAACAUGCUUGAGCCACCAAGAUAUGUUGGUGAAAAGCCUUUAAAUUUAACAAAAUUUAACCUUUGUUUGCUUUCAUUAAAACGGUUAUACUUAUUUCAGGUAAAAAGCACUGAUGAUGGAAUAGUUAUUCCGAAAACGUUCUGUGGUGUAGCCCUGGGAUUUUAAUAAAAAUAUACCUAUUAUAAAUUUUAUUAACUAUAUAGAAAAAUUUAUUAUUCAGAAUGAUGUUUCGAAAAGAAAGAAAAAGAAUGACUAACAUUUGUAUAGUAUCGAAUUAAUAAACAAAAAACAAAAAAUCUAUUAUGUAAUUUAAUUCACUGAUCGUUGGAAGUGAAUAUUUUUGAAAAAUACUUGCAUUAAUUCAGUAAUAUGAAUUGGUCAUAUUUACAUAUGUGUAAAGACUGUUCUGUUGUUUGGUAUAAACUAUUCUAGUAUAUUUGCUGUAUAAUUUUGGAAAAAUGAAUAAAAAUGAACGAAAACUACCUUAGUAGUCUAACAACCUCUAUUCUUUUCCGUUUUCUUUACCAAGACACAUUUUAAUACAAUUUUUUUUACUAAUUUUGCAUGGACAGGGAGAGUUUGGUUAAUUUCCGUGGCUUUUCGUAUUUAUGAUUAUUUUAUUUUGACAGGUGUUGAAAAAGUACAAUCACGAUACAAAAUACCUGCCGAAACGGUAUGUAACAUUUUAUUUUUAUUUUUGAUUUCAUUGGAAUUGUUCUUAUCAAAAGGUUUGUCUAGUUUAUAUCAGACAUUUAACGUUUCUCUUCAAACAAGUUAAAUUGGUGGAUGUUUUGGGAAAACAAUUUGAAAAUGUGAAACAUUGAUAAUUUGAAGUUCUAAAAAUAGGACAUGAAAAUUAAGAUUUGAUUUUCAUGAUGAAAUAUACCUACACAGUGGUAGAUCGUGGAAUACGCCAUAAACGCAGAGAGAAAUUCGGACAUGUUAAAUUCCUAUUUACUUAAUUAUUUGGCGGGCCUGAUACUCAGGCGGUAGGAUGUCUUACUUACACUCAGGUAAGCCGGGGAUCGAAUCCCAUCGCCGACGAGAACAUCUGUAGGCCCCAGGUCGACUUAGCCUGAAUAAAAUCAGCCUCAGUUCCUUGGGUAAAAUCAGGGGUAAUAAUAGGCGGUUGAAGCGUAGCACUGGCCCUUUUACCUUCCUUGUAUUAGUGAUGUUGAUUAUAGUUACUUUAGAGUAUUCGUUACAAAUCGUUACUUUUGUAUAAAGUAAUCAUUUUAAGUAUUCGUUACUUUGAUUACUUUUGUAUUUGAGUACCGGUAAUCAUAUCGAGAAUCGGAUUUCUCAGUACAUAUUUUGUAUUAGUAUUAAUAGGAUACUUGAUUACUAUGAUUACUCUUGUAUUUGAGUACCGGUAAUCAUAUCGAGAAUCGCAUUUCUCAGUAUUUCGUAUAAGUAUAAUAAUAAUAAUAAUAAUAAUAAUAGCGUUUAUUGUCCAACAGAAUCCAUUUACAGGACAAAAUAUUACAUAAAUAAAAAAUUAAAUAAAAUAUUAGUAAUUCAUAGGUAUCGAUAAUAACAAAAAUUUUACAAAACUAAAUUUGAAUCUAAAGAAAUAAAUUAUUAAUCACCUAGGUAGAUCUUGGUCAUAGAAAUCAGUUGCUUUAAACUGCAGUUAAAUAUAUCGCAGUAAAUACUUAAGGCAUUAUAAUAGCUGCACAUGACGAAUAGAGGAGAAUUUAACAUAAGGUUAGUUCUAGCUUGUGUAUUUCUGAACGUAAUCGAAUUUCUUACUGGAUAAGACGGAACGUUAAAAUUUAUUUGUCGAAGGAUAUCAGGGCUGUCAAUGAGAUUAUGUAGUAGCUUGUACAGGAAUACCAGGGAGGCAUUAAUUCGUCUAGAUUCUAAUGACACUACGUCCAAACCGCUACAUAACUCAUUAUUGCUGAUACCCCUCGUAGGAUAUAUACCAUUAAUUUUAUAAAACAAAAAUUUUAAAAAUUUACGCUGAACCCGUUCUAUAAUUUGGAUGUGUACAUCAUAAAACGGUGACCAAAUGAUAGAGGCAUAUUCCAGUUUACAGCGUACAAAAGUGUAAAACAGUAAUUUAAUGGCCUUAGUAUUAGUGAGAUUUCGACUAUUUCUAAUUAUAAAUCCAUAAGAUUUAAGUGCUUCUCUAACCUUUACAUUAACAUGUUCAACAAAAGUGAGUUUGUGAUCAAAUAUAACUCCAAGGUCUUUAAUUUUAGUCAAAGUAUAAGAUACGAUAUAGCGACCUUCAUCGAUCUAUUUAAUGGAUAGAAAUUAAAUGAUAUGUAAUUGUUCUGUCAUUGCUGCUCCAAAAUAUCAGUAAUCUCGAGUAAUCUGUUUUCAUCAAUUAAGUGCCAAAAACAGACCCUCGAAACUAAGAUGACGUACCUUAGCAGUAACCCUGGGCACCCAGGUGCUUCGGAGGUCGGUUCUGAUUGCAAAUUCGUGUUCAGUGACCCCAAAUACCCCGAAAUAAGAAAAUCUGGCCCUUAAUAUACUGAUUUUAACAUGUUUAAGCAUUUUUCGAUGCGUUUUAUACACUUUAAAAUGUAAUAAUGCAUUUCCACCUAUUUUUUUAUUGUAGACUUUUUUCCAGGCGUCAUCCUAAUCCUAAAUACAAUGCAAAAAGUUGCAAGUCUCUAUGUACCUACUAUAUUUAAAAAUAGAUUUAUGUGUUUUUAGUGUUAAAUGCCCUGGUCUAAUAAAAACAAUGCCAUACCUACAUGUAAAAUUAAAGUUGAUGAUCAUAGUCUAGAAAUAUUAUCAUUUUUACAUAUUUUCCGGUCAAUCUAAGCUAUUUUUUUCUAGGCCUGAUAAGAAUAGUGUGUAUUUAUUAUUAAAAUCUAAUGUGUUGUUGCAUUUUUAUUUUCAAAAGAACUAACAUCUGUGAAAUUCUGUGAAUUAUCUACCUCGACAAAUCGUACUGACAUCUGUUUCUGGGUGCAUGCUUUGUUAAAUAAUAUACCUCCCUCUGUUUCCAGCUACUUCUCAGCGCCCUGUAAUCCUGUGAAACUCUUCAUAGGCUUCGCCUUUCAUAGAUAAAAUUUUAGUUAACUGUACUUGAUACCGAACACUUGUGGAAUACCGGUCCGACUCCGAUAUCAACCGAGUAGAUACAAUACUCAAAAUCAAAAUAGGUACUCGCUCUGAUACGACUGUAUAGUAAUUAGUAAUCAUUACUUUUGGUAUUCGUAUCUAUUCUUCUUAUGGUGUCUUAUCUUCUAUUCUUUUAUUUUUGUAAUUUUUGAAUUUACGUAAUAUAUAGAACAAUUUGAACAAUUAUUUCAAAGACAUUUCAGUCUGUACAAAAUAUCUAAUAACUUCUGGUAUAAAAUAAUUAAGGUACAAGGAAUUCAAAACUUUAUAAUUGAGGCUAUCGGUGCAAAAGUGGUGUAACCCACAACCCACAAUUUUGUCAAAACGCUUUUAUUACAUUAAAAUUAACCCUUAUAUAAGUAUUUUCAGAUACAGAGUGUAGUGAGCAACCAAUGCUUGAGCCACUUUGCAUCUGAAAGUACUUAACUAAGGGAUAACUUUAAUGUAAUAAAAGCGUUUUGGUAAAAUUGUGGGUUACGCCACUUUUGUACUGAUAGUCUCAAUUUCUCUUUGCGUUUCCUAUGGUGCGCUUGACUAACGAAAAUAUUACAGCGAAAAAAUUUUACUCGUCAUGUUUUUUUGAUAUCUAUAAGAUAAAUGUGAAAGUAUGUCUAUGUGAAAGUAAAAAAUUGAUAGUCAUAUUUUAAAAUCGUUUUCCCAAAUUGGCAGGUUCGUACAAACUUUAUUAAUAUUAUUAAAUUGAUGAUUUCUAUUCUUCAAAGGUAAGCAACCUAGCGGAAUCUAUCUCUGUAAAUUAAUUGGUUUUGGAAGGUCAUCCGCAAAAUUGUUUUAAAUUCUAAUUAUAUGGUUAAAUGAACACUAUCUUUUAAGGCUUUUUGUAAAUAAUUGUAGUUAUAUGUAUAGGGCGAUUGACCUUUUAAAAAAAGACGGUGAAUUGUAUUCAAUUUCAAUAAACGUUUGUUCAUAAAAUGUCAAGCCACUUUUAUUUUCAAUUUAUUUAUAGACGAAUAUGGUAAAACAUUUAUUUCAUUCCAUUUAGUCAUAUUCUCCAAAUAUGAACCAUCGAUGUUUAAUUAUUAGGAUUGAUAAUAUCGUGAAACAUUUUUUUUUGAACCCUGCGAUUCUGCUGCUCUCAUCUUCAGGGCUUUUAUGAAGUCUGAGCUUUAUUUUGGAAUGUAUUUUGGAAGGUUGCCGCCAAGUUCGCGUUGUUAUCAAAAUAAAAACAACCUUUAUUAAAAUUGAACUUGAAUUUUUCCAUCGAAAAUCUGUUUUUCUCUGAAUCUGAGAAUUGAAUCUACAUCCUUUUAAACGUUAUUUGGAGCCUUACCUUCAAGAUCCUAUUCAAGCUACGUGCAUCUAAUGUGCAUUUAUAAGUACAUAUACAUUUUUAUUUCUAGUGUCUAACACCUUCCAAUAGGGAUCAAUGAAGGAGCGUCACCAAGACAGAGGGACUCUAUAUCACUUCGUACUUUGCAUAGAUUCUAACGGUGUUUGUAGCAAGCUCCGCCCCUUAGGUGCGCAUUGAUUUGAAAACCUAUCCGUGUUCAAAUAUAUAAUCCGUCCGCAUGGUACCAAUCAUUAUUCAUUUCAUUAUUUCUAAUAUGUUCUCUUAGACACCGUCUAUAAUAUUUAUUUAUUUAUUUAUUUAUGUAUUUAUUAACGGGAUAUUGCUUAAUUCUGUGGCAAUAAUUGAAGUUAAACUCUUGGGGUGAGCUUAUGGAUUGGGGUUGAACUCUUUUUAGUAUCCAGUCUAAUCAGAAUAUUUGCCUCUUCAAGUAUGUUAAGUCAUUUUGAAGCUACCAAUAAAUUAUUUAGUCCAAGAUUUCGAAUUAUUUCAUAUCGCCGAUCGAGAAGUUUAGACAUAGAGCAUUCGAAUUUAUACAUACAAACUAUACAGUAAGCGCCACGCUAGUAGACACACGGGUAACUAUGUAAUUCCUAGGAUUAUGGGCUAAUCCGGCCCAUUCUUACAUGUGACUCUUAUGUCUAUCAUGUCAUGUGACCGUCAUGUCAUUUAGGUCAUGUAUUUUAUAACUUUUACAACCUUAAAACAUCAUCAUCAUUCUCUUUGCCUCAUCCCUAUGCGGGGUCGGCUUCCCUAAUUGCAUUUCUCCACACAAUUCUAUCUUGGGUCAUAUCAAUAAUAAUCCCCUUUACCAACAUAUCCUGCCUAAUCGUCUCCCCCCAGGUCUUCUUUGGACUUCCUCGUCUACUCCUUCCAUGAAUCUGCACUUCAGAAAUUCUUUGUAUUGGGUGAUUAACGUCUCGACAUUGAACAUGACCAAACCAUCUUACCUGUGCUCUCUCAUCUUGACAUCAAUGGGUGCCACACCUAGACAUCCCCUAAUAUACUCAUUUUUUAAUUUUAUCCUUUUUUGUCACUCCACUCAUCCACCUAAGCAUUCUCAUGCAUUCGCUACAUGCAUUCGCUGUUAAUCUUUCUUUUUCACUGCCCAACAUUCAGUUCCGUACAACAUAGCCGAUCUUAUGGCUGUUUUAUAGAAUUUUCCCUUCAGCUUUAUUGGAAUUUUUCUGUCACACAACACGCCACUCACUUCCUUCCACUUCAUGCUUACAUUACAUAGUUUUCCACCUUUAGACGUAUCAGAGGAGUAUGACAACUGUCACUGUUACAGUAGAAUUUUAUAAAAUACUCCUGUCACAGACGUCUAAAGGUGGGAAACUAUGUAAUGUAAUGUUAAUUUUUACGUUUAUAACGAUAAUUUCUACCUCCAUUAGUUUCAUCUCUUUUUGUUUCGCAUUGUAUUAUGUUUUCCAUCUUUUGCGUUAUUUUGCCGGUUAUUAGUGUGCUCAUCACUGUAUACAUUUUCUGGCAUUCUAGACGUCACUAGACAUUUUUAGGUUAUUCAAUGACAUCUCGAAUAUUCUCCCACUUAAUACUUCUUUUACGUCAAGAGACUUUUUCUACGUAGAAUCGAUCUGUUUACCUCUCGGCAUGAAAGUAAACAGUGUAACAAGUGAAGGUCCAGGACUGUAUUUGCUCAAUGUGUCCGUCUGCUAGUGUGGCGUUACUUUAUACAUCAGAGUAUAUUAGUACACUGAGCUAUCGAUAAAUAAGAUUUAAUCUACUUCUUAUAAUCCAAUAGAAUUUUAAGCCAUUUGUUAUCCGUUAAUGCUUUGGAUAGAAAUAUGUAUAUUAGUGGGUAAUGCUCAGUAAAAAGUUGAAAAUAAAAGUCAUCUACCAGAAAUAAUAUUUUAAUUAUUCAGAUCAUUCUGACUAACUAGUAGUAUACAAUAUUGUCUCAUCAAUUAUUGCUUAAAACACUUCAAUUAUCUUUAAUUAUUAUCAAUUCAUUACCAGAAUUAAACUAUGUUGAAAACAAUACACCGCAAGUACUUUCAAAAAAAAUUAUUAACUGUAUGUAAUCAACCUAAAUAUACAUUUAUGGAAAGAUCAUAUUGUAUAAUCCAGCGAAGGUAGGUCUUAGAAUACCUAUUUAGUAAACUAUUAUAUCGAAAGUAUGUGAAGUCCUCGUAGAAAAUUGUGAGAUGUGAAAAAGGUACGCCUAUUUUAUUAUUCCUUUUAUAAAUCAUGGUGAUCGGGAUAUAAAUUCUCAAAAAGAGUGAAAUGACGUAUAUAAACGGCCUGCUGGUUAAAAGUUUAAUAUCUUUGAUACAAACUUAAUAAAAUCAAUAUAAUGAAUGCGGAAAAGUUCUUUCUAAAAAUGUGUAAAAAAUUUUUUUUCUCAUACCCGUAAUCCCUUCUGAUCGGGAUAUACUCUGAGCAAAUUAGGACAAAACAAGGAAACGUUAUUUACUAGCUAUUUUAUUGCUAGAAUCGAAUCUUAAGAUUGCAUAUAUGUAUUAGUAUAUAUCAUAUAGGUAUGAAAAGUCUACAGAAAGUGUGCAAAAAGUAUGCUUUUUUUGUUUAUAAACAAAUCAGUGCUCAGAAAUCUUCUUUUUUUUCAAUUAUUGCUCUGUAACUCGGAAGAUUUUAACUUUAAACCAAAAACACCGAAAUAAAAAUUCACUGUAAUUUAAUUCUGCACAGAGAUAUUUUUUUCCGAUUUCCUUCAACGAAAAUUUUUCUCGAAAAAUCCGAGUUUUCCCAAUAAAAUCUUUAAUAUUCAACUAAAAUUUUAGGGCAGUAAUUAUUUAUCAAUAAUUAAAUAGCCUGGUGACAUAAAGCUUUUUUGUAGUAGCUUAUAUUUUCACAAGCCGGCGACAAUCUAACAAAUAGUUUAGCAACAAGGCUCGAGAGAAAUUUUUGAAGGUCCAGAGUCCAGAACCUUUCUGUGGCAUCACUAAAAAUGCUACGAAAAACGAAAUUCAGAAAUGGCUGAUAAAGAAUCAUUAAAAGAAAUGGAAAACCACUCAAGGGCAAGUCCAGACUAAAAAAAUAAUCAAGAAUAUUGAUAAAAAAACUCUCGAACACUUCAUAAACCUCAAUAAACGAGAGAUCAAAACGGUCACUGAAAUGGUGACUGGAGAUUGCCGUUUAAGAAAUCACCUAUACAAACUAGGUAAGGUGAAUAAACCAUGGUGUAGAAGGUGAGAAAUGGAAGAAGAGACUGCCAUAUACAUACUAUGACAUCGAAGUGUGCUACCUGAUGUAAGGCAACUGAGGUUUGAACCAGAUGAGAUCCUAAAACUACGAAUAAGAAAACUGUUAGCCUUCGUUGAUUCCACAGAACUUACUAGAGUUUAAGGAAAAAAAAAACAAGGUAUGGUAGAAAAGUCUUAUGACCAAGGGCCAGUGACUAACGAGUCUCGGCCGAAUUAGGAAAAAGAAAUUUAGCAACAAUUAAAUUGUUCAUUAAAAAUUCACGGUCGCCAUAAUAACCAGAAUAAUUAUGAUACAACUAUGAUUUUUGUAUAAAAAGGCACUCCAGAAUAAUAUCCAUAUUCUACGAAAAUGCAGUUAAAACAUUUUGUUUAGAAAAUGUGGUUUGUAACAAACAUGGAUGUAGAGUAUACACUACAGAUAUUUAAGGCCUUUGUGUUUAUGUAUGCAUCCAUAGAUCAAAGGACGAUAUGUGAGUCUUAUUUCUAUUAGAGAAUAAUUCGUCAACGGAUCUUUAGACAAAAAAUGUUAACAUGUUUUAAAAAUGGAAAACGAGCAAACAAAAAACAGAACAAAGUAAAAGAACAAUACAAUAAGUGAUCUGUAAUGUCCAAUAUUUUCUACAGUAUAUAACAGAUAUCGUUACAUUCAUGAACAGAAUAUUGAACUUUUAAUGUAUGUAAUAUUAAUACAGGCCGUUUGUGUACUCAUUUUCAUCUUUGCAGAGUGUUUAAAAUAACUGUAGUAACUAUUGUUGUAUAUAGAACCCAAAUAAGUGUAAAACAUUUCCUUAUUAAGUAGGAAUAGUUUUAUGCUUGUAUUUUAUACGUAAUUGUCAAAUAAAAGUCAAAUUACUUUAAACACACUGCCUUAGUUGAGUGAGAAUCGUUCGAAUCAAAUGGGAGGAUGCUUUUAGCCAAAAUAAUUGAAAGUAACUGAUAAAUUGUUGUGUUCACCUUUUUUAUCUAGAUGUUAGUUGACCGUAUCUCUUUGGUUUGUUGCAUUUUGUAUUUCGUUGCACUAUUUUUUAGUGUUUUUUAAUAUUAUAAGAUGACGAUUUAUGUUUAACCCAUUAGCGCCGAGAUUAAUAAAUUAUUGAUUUUGUAUUAUUUUUUGCAAUAUUAUUAAUGAACUGUGUUUAAAUAAUAAAAAACUUCACAAAAUAUUUUUUCUGUGAUACUUCAUUUCUGAGAUAUUAAGUGUUGCCUUAAAGCAACGCUAGGCGCUUACACUACCUAGUUUUUGUUGAAAAUAAUAAACCAAAAAAAUAAAGCAUUUGGGAUACAGUAAAGUAGGCAAUAAAACAAAAAUCGAUAUUUAUUCAUAAAAAAAUGUAAUUUGGUGUGAUUAAUUAUAAAAAUUGACACUAUCGAGAGUGAAACGGUAUAAAACAAGAAGUACAUAGUCCAAUAUCACAUUUUAAACACAUUGUUCUAAAGAUAGAUUUACAUGUUUUAGACGCACAUCUCUUUUUCCCAUCUGGAAUGUACUACUGUAUCAAAUGAUUGAUGGUGUCAAAACGAAUGUCAUCCGAUACUCGGCUGUCGACAGAUGCUGUCAAGGAAGCCGACGGUCUUCCACUUCCUUUACUAAGUACACUAUACUUCACUAAAUAUGUGCUUACAAGUCUGCUCACUUCAGCCAUUGAGGUUGAUUUCGAGGCUCAAGAAGUCUAUCUGAAAUCCAAUUUUUUACCACUUCAGAAUCAAAAUUAUGGUCACGGCCAGGAAUGUCUUUAUUCUGUAUAUAAUCUUCGUUCAAACCAAUUCUUUCAUUGUUUGGUAGUCGUAUUUUUGCUCCGGUGCGUAAUUGACGGGAUGAAAGGUUAUCUACCAGCCUAAAAAUGGUAGGUAUUAACAUUACAUUACAGUACUAAGGCCAUACGUUUUUAUUAUAAAAGAUUUGAUUACUACAUAUAUUACUACAUACCCUCCUCCAUCUUCAUCUCCUGAAUCCUCGUCAGUGUCUACAUUUGUAUCUGGAGGUUCGACAAAAAUAUCGCCAUCUAUUAGUUCAUCAUUAUAAAUUAUAUUAAGGGAUUGAACAAGCGAAAAACCUAGUCUAAAACAAAAAUGAUAAAAUUUAAAAUAUAGGUAGUACAAGCGCCUAGCGUUGUUUUAAGGCAACGGCUGGGUUACAACAGGCACUGACAAGUAGUUAUUGAUCAAUUCAUAUAAAUUAUUUAAAACAUGUUUUGUUAGAAGUAUAAUCAACACAAAUUUAAGAUAUAUAAAUAAUAAGUUUCAUUUAUAUCGAAAUUAUGGUACUUACUCAAAUCGAAUGUCCAUUAUUUUCAAGUUCUAAUAUUAUACUCAACUUCAAAUGCACCAAACUAACAAACAGUUCUUAACACCGCAAAUAGAUACUCAUAACUGAGUGUGGGCGAUUAUGGUUGAUGGAAUUUGCAAGGUCACACCUCUUUUAUGACUGUCUUAUUACUUCAAGCUCCUCCCAAAUACAGGCAUGUCUGCCGUUGCUUUAAAGCAACGCACGGCGCUAAUGGGUUAAAUAAAAAAAGAUGAGUAAUAUGUGUAUUUUGUAAAUACUAAUAUAUUUUCUAAACACUAGCCUGAAUGCACCAUUAACAUUAAUUUUGAGAAUUGCUGGGUAUAAUCUACGUAUAUAAAUAAAGUGCUUAAACAGUUUUGUCAAUUUUCAUAUAGUUCAUUAACCAACUCCACUACUUCCUCUUUACUUCUUGGUUUAGAUAAUAAUGAAAUCUUCGUUUAUUUUACAAAAAUAAAUUAACAAUUCGAAAAAUUUUUGAAACUCUAAAAAAUUUCUCUAUCAUCAUUCUCUUUGCCUUAUUAAUUGCAUUUCUCCACACCAUUCUAUCUUGGGCCAUAUCAAUAUUAAUCCCAUUUACCAACAUGUCCUGCCUAACCGCCUCCCCCAGGUCUUCUUUGGUCUUCCUCUCCUAAUCCUUCCAGUAGUCUGCACUUCAGCAAUUCUUCGUAUUGGGUGAUUAACGUCUCGACGUUAAACAUGGCCAAUCACAAUUGGUGCCACACCUAAACUUCCCCUAAUAUACUCUAUUUUUAAUUUUAUCCUUGUUUGUGACUCCACUCAUCCAUCUAAGCAUUCUCAUUUCCGCCACAUGCAUUCGUUAUUCCUCAUUCUUUUUCACUGCGCAACAUUCAGUUUCAUACAUCAUAGCCGGUCUUAUGGCUGUUUUAUAGAAUUUUUCCUUCGGCUUCAUUGGAAUUUUUCUGUCACACAACACACCACUCGCUUCCUUCCAUUUCAUCCACCCAGCCCUAAUUCUACUGCAUGCAUCUCCAUCUAUUUCUCCAUUACUCUGUAAUACCGAUCCCAGGUACUUAAAACUAUUGCUUUUCACAUCAUUUCACCAUCCAAAGAUACCAUUUUAUUUGUAGUACCUCCAUCUUUAAAAAUGAACAUUCCAAAUACUAUGUUUUUAUUCUACUAAGUUUUAAACCUUUUUCCUCCAGAGCUUGUCUCCACUGUUCCAGCUUUUGUUCUAAGUCUCCUUCGUUAUUUCCUACUAACACGACAUCAUCAGCAUAUAUUAAGCAACAUGGAAUGUUUCCCCGUAGUUUCGCUGUUAUCUGGUCCAAAACUAAUGAGAAUAAAAAUAAGAAUAACUAAAAAAUAUCUCUAUAUCAGUAUAAAAUUUAUAGUAAAUGGGAAAUUAACCCAAUAUCAUGGGUCACAUGGGUUUUACUUUUUAGAAAGAUCGUAAAAUAAAAUAAUUUUUUCAGCUAAUAAUGAUUUAAAAAUGUCAUCUAUAGAGCUUUUCAUUCACAGUCAUUUGUUUCGAGCUUCUGUCAUAUGUCGUAUAAUCCGUGUAUAUUAAUAUUAUACACGAAUUACACAACAUACAAAAUAGAAGUAGGUUGGAUACUCGAAUAUAUGGAAUGUAUAGGAAUAAAAGGCAGAUUUCGAGCAUAUAGUUUAAUCAAGCAAAAUUUGAUGGUACUAGUACACUUUCGAAGACCAAAAAUAAUAAUUUUUUUCAAGAACUUUUUUCACAGAACCUUUAUUAAAAAUGAACAUAAAACUUUUUACAUAUUAAUAUCUAACUCUUAUAGAGUACAAAAAAUAUAUCUUUUUUCAUUUAUGCACAUACACUAAUAUUGUAGAGGGCGCAAAAGUCGAGGCCUCGAAAAAUGAUGGCGGACAGUUAAUCUCAGGAUUGGGAUAUCUGAAACAAAAAAAUCGAACUGUAUUUGAAAAAGGAAGGUUUUUUACCUGACAAUUUAUCACAACUUGACCAAAAAAUAAAUUUUUUUAACCAUGAAAAACGGGAGAUUUUUUCAAACUUUUUUUUUUAAUUUCUGUAAAAUCUUUUUUUGCGGGAUUUUUCACUAACGGUGGUAAAUUGUCACGUAAGAAACCUUUCUUUUUCAAAUGCCCUACGAUUUUUUUAUUUCAGAAAUCCCAAUCCUGAGAUUAACUGUCCGCCAUCGGACAAUGUCCGCCUCUACAAUAUUAGUGUACGUUAAUCAAUGAAAAAAGAUAUAUUUUUUGUAUUCUCUAAGAGUUAGAUAUUAAUAUGUAAAAAGUUCUAUGUUCAUUUUUAAUAACGGUUCUGAUAAAAAAAUCUUGAAAAAAUGUUUAUUUUUGGUCUUCUAAAGUGUACAUGCUCGAAAUCUGCCUUCUAUUUCUAUAAAUUAUACAACAUAUGACAGGAGCUCGAAACAAAUGUCAAUCGAUGAAAGCCCUAUUUCAACCUCACAAAUUCCUAAACGAUCUCAAAACAUCAUCAUCUCCGUACGAAGGUAACCACUUUGAUCUAUAUUGUUCAUGUAGUUUUAAUGUUUACAGAAAAUGUAUACCAAGGGUUUGAAUUUAAAUAUUCGUAACCAUUUAAAAUUUGAUUAUGUAUUGAAACAAUUUUUUGUUCAAAGAAACAGUACUAGCUGGAUUAGAUAAUUUCCAACAGUUUACAAGUAUUGAUGUAACCUAAAUAUCUUGUUAUUCGGUCUUAUUUUGACCAUUUAGGCAUUGUGUAAAUAUAAUACAAAAGCGGCACAUCAGUAUCACCCCCUUUUCCUCUCCUUUAUCUUUCUUAAUGAUGCAGAUCCUUCCCUUUGGUUGAUUAUUUGUGUUCGCUCACAUCUCUCUUGUGUAUGUUGUUUUGUGUCCAGGAAGGGUAAUCAGUGUGUGCUUUAUUUAUUAAUUUUUUUUAGAACUACAUACAUUGCCUUCAACUGUCAUUCUUGUUAUAUUUCCCUUAUUCUGCCUUGUCCAGUAGUCUGGUUGAUAGUGCCGUAGUCUGUUUGAUAAUUAUUGUGAUGAAUCUAGUGUCGAUGUUAAAUUUUACUAGUAUUGAGUUAUUUGUGCGAUGUGUUGUCCAUGGUAUGCAUCAUUUUGUAAUAGAACCACAUUUGAAAUAUUUCUACAUAAUUCAUCUUCACGUCAUCCACUGUUGGUGACGGACCCAAGUAAUUGAAUUGUCUAACCAUUUCACACCCUCCCACGGUUUUCACUUGGUUCUUGAUACAUCGUUCAAAGCUUUCUCUUACACAAGAGCUGUAAAUUAGCAUUUCUAAAUAGUUCAUUUCAUAAAAAAUAUAGUAUUUAAACUAAUUAUAGAGUAUUCCAUAACAGAUACUAAUUUUGUAUUCUUCUACUGUACUAUUUAAUUAUAAGUAGUUUUUAUAGUUGCUGCUGACGGCAAAUUGCACGAAUUAUUAAAUGUAUCACGCUAACAUUUGGUGAACAUUUUGUAUCUAUGAAAUUCCAAUUAUUUUCGCUUUAAAGCAACCGAUUUGAUUUUUGCACCUAGAAAGGGUCUUGUAGAAAAGGACAGGCGAUGUCAGUCACAGCAAUGUAGCUGUUGGAUUGAUGAAGCCCCCUGUAUCUGCUAUAUAUUACGAUAACGAUCAGACAAUGAUUAGGGAGUGAUGAUUUUUACGUCGAAUUUAGACAAAUAUUUUUAGUACAAUUCACCUUUUUCAAAUUAAAAAUAAUUACUACACUGCACAAAAGUAGCCCACAAAUUAUAUGAAUGUAAUUGCUCUGUGAAAUAAAAGAGAAUGAAGUUUCCCCAUUUUUUCAAAUUUUGUCACUGCGCAUCCAGAACUCUGGUCUCUUCACUAAUUUGGGCUAGUGUACUACAAAGAAUCGACAUUGCGAUCUCUAGAAUUCAUGGCGAUCUAAUUUCCUUGCUAUUUUAUGGGUGAAUGGCCAGUGAUUGUAAUAAUUUUAUAGCUCUUUUAUGAUGUGGAGAUUUGUGUCAAAUCUAAUUAUAUGCAAUUUUUUGAGUUGCAUGGAUGGCAUGAAAAGAUAUUGACCGUUUAUUGAAAAGGUCAAUUUUUGAUUUCAAAGAAAUCAACUUCUAAUAUCGAUGUAUUUCAUUCAGCGGUGUUCCAAUGCCACAAGUGGUCGUGCACAGUUGCGAGACAUAAACGAACUCAUUGUUAAAUCUUCUUUUAUCAAAAAUUCUACUGCACGAUGCUCCAUUUAAUUUUCAAAGCACACCACGCGCACCUCAAAUGUUUCAAACGAUUGACAGAAUCAACUGCUGUCGAAAAUUACUUGCAUUGCACAUGGCCUGUACUACCAAGUGUACCAAACAUAAGAAUAAAAAUCACGCAUGUAGUCCUUCAGCUCAGAUCUUUUCCGAUCAUUUGCGAACAUGUUGAACAGAUAUGCACUUUUACCCAUAAACUUCGAUCAACUGACGAUGAAUGUCAAUAGGUGAAAUCUAUUUUGCAUUUAAAAAACGUAUCACAGCAUGAAUUUCACAUUGGCGGUAACAUCGACCGGCACCUCCAUCUUCGAAGGUUGCUAGGCCGACACUGAGCAAUGCAGCGUGGCGAAAGUGGUGGGGUAAGAGAGAGGGAGAGUUGAUGUGUCAGGCAGUGUUGCCAGAUUUCUCCCAGCACGUCGCAUUUUUUCUCAGUGGCAUAGGGAACCUUUUUUUUUACGAAUGACCGUCGUAUUAAGAUAAAUAUUUGUAUGUAACGUUAAAAUUUGACGUUAAAAUUUUCAUUUUUUUUAGGAAAAUUUGAAAGUACCGUAAUUUAUUUUGCUGUAUUAACUGUGAUAUUUACUCAUCGUAAUAUAAAGUAAACACAGGUGAUGUAUCAGGUCACAGCAAUGAUGUGAUGUUGCUGUUGGGCCAUCAAUCCCCUGUCGAACAACGUCGCUUAAGACAGGCGAUUGUUUUCGGUCUUGCGCCGCUUAACAAUCACAGGUUAUCUCACCUGUUGGACCAGAUCGAAUAAUUUUGACUAUUAUAAAAAUGGUCAGAUAUCAAUCGAGACUGGCGUACGGUUUUCUUUGAAUAUCUAACGAAUUUACUUGCCUCUAACAACUAUACGUUAACACGAUUUACGAAAUGUAAAUAGAUAUUUUUACAUUUAUUUUAAAAUGUAUUUGUUUUUCCGAUUAAAAAAUCUUGGUACAUAUUCAUAUGACAGGUUUUUCGUUUUUGGAAUCAAAUUUUGUAAUUGACAAAAUGUAUUAUUUUUCUACAGUACUAAAAGCUUCAUCAGUGAACCCUUUUGAGCAUGUAUUUAUUCCGUAACGAAUUGUAUAUGUUAGAGAACCUUUGAAUAAGGUUGAUAUAGUAAACUUCUUAAUGUGGCACUAAAACAAACACGCUCUGCUCUACAGGUCAUAUCCUAAUAUGUGAAAAAUCAAUUUGACCUUUUCUUUGCUCACUUGAGAAUAUCAAUCCCCACUCACUGACAGUUUGCAUAUGAUGGGUACAGGCGAAGAAGGUGCUGUCAAUUUUUUCAGAAAAUGAGUUUUUGGUGCCCUCUGUUAGUCAGCGAUCUAGACUACCAUUCUAUAAACCGAUCACCGCUAGGAACGUGUUCAGUCAGGAAUAACAGCAUAUUUUAAUUUCUCUAGUCAGGCUAAGAAGGUGGUAAGUCCGCACGGUCCCGGCGAAAAAAGUGAUGUCAGUUUUACACCUAGGCUAUGCCAUCGCUGUAAGAGAUUAUAGUGUUUUGAGCGUGUACUAGAAGAUGCUCGGAACAAAAUCAUUCAGACUUUUAACCUACUUAACUCAGUUGAUGAGCAGAAUAUAAUAUUAUCUGUGUAGUCUGGUUACGACUCCGCCGAUCAAACAACGAAGAUCCAGGCAACAAGAACAAGAUGCUCUUCUUCACAAUGCUUCCUUCCGAUACCUCAUCUUUAAACGGAUUGACUCUAAAAUUCUUUUUUUUUUCUAGGAUCAAUAAAACACUCAACAUUGUUUGACAAAACACCUUGUUGCCCUGUAAAAAUUGUAAUUUUGUACAAAAUAUUUUUUUUACAUCUUGUGCAUUCGUAUUUUGGCUAGUUACAUUUAACUGUCUAGCGGGUAACACUCCAAUACAUUAUUAAAUAAUUUGUCACGUUUUAUUUUCCCAUAAUAAACACCAAGAAGAGUGCUAACCUUUAAAGCCGGUUUUCUCGAAACUUAUUAUUUUGACAUAGCUCCUUCUUUACCUGUACCUUUCAUAUGUUAAUUAAUACACAUUUUAAAAUACAUAAUAUAAUAAAUCUGUACAAUCCUCUUACGAAAAUCACUUCACGAAAUUUUGACUCGUUUCUGAAAAUUAGUUAUUUCGUUUUAAAAAUACUUUUUCUAUGAAGUUAAUUUAAACAGUAUUACUCUAUGUAUAAAAUCUAAAGUGGACCCAAACGAGUCGCGUUCAAAGCGAGGAUCACUCUUGUAGAUUAUUAAAACUCCAUACUCCGCACAGAAAAAAUAAGUUCAAUGUGUAUAUUAUCUCAGGAACUAGUGAGCGGAAAUAGCUUGCUAUAGAGCGUUUCACUUUAAGAACGGAACGUUGCGUAGAUAGGACUACGUAUAUCUUAUGGACGAUAGAAGCGCACCGAUGCCGCUUCUGUCGUAUCGAGAAUGUAUCGUAUAUUGGCAAUCAGUAGCAACACGUGCCUCAUAGUUUUGGCAACACUGAUCUGCAUAAGCCAAACGUUUCGUUCUUAACGUGGAAUAAAGUAAUAGUAAAAUUGCAUAGUAUUCAUUUGACGCAUACAUCAACCUCAAUUUAUCACAAAUAUUGUAGAUCUUAUCAAUUCCAGAGCUUUUUAUUCUAACUUUUUCGUUGAUUAAUAUAAAUAACUCGUACCGUUUUAUUUUCUAAUAUUAAAUUGUAAAACAGCUUUCUAAAACUGAGCAGGAUUUUGUAGUUUUUCCAGGAGAUAUCGUAAGUAUUCUUGCAUUUAAGCCCCUUGUUCUCACAGAGCAUCAUCGUAAGUUUUUAUUAGUUUAUGUUUGUUUUAUUUCUUAUAUUGUUUUGCUGAAUUACUGAAUGACCUCUUAUGACUUUUCGAGCCGCAAUUAUUCAUUAAUCAUGUGUUAAUUCUACGCACCAUUGUUCAUUUGUGUGCCUCAGUAAUUAUAAUUUUCACGUGUGUUUACUCUACUUUACAAUAAAAGAAUAUUUCAAGUAAAAAUAAUAUACUGCGAUUUUGGUGUGAGGCCCAAAACAUUUUAAACAAAUGUGCAUAUAUUUUUUACAUUUCGUACAUCGCUCGAACAGAUAGAAGGCUUCUUUAAUACUCGACUAAGUAAAGGUAUCUACUGCCUUUCCUGCUUGACAACGAUUCACCCUAUCUGUUAUUAAACUCUCUUCACUUGUAGGUUAUAAAUAAUGUUAAUGAUCCACUAUAAGUAGAGAAAAUAGUGGAGUUUCUUUAGAAAUAGCCGUGUGCCUGCUUUUCUAUUUUUUCCUGUCAGAAAAUAAUCAUCCAAAAAACGUUAGAUCUUCAAAAUAAAACAUAGAUACAGCCCUUCUUUAGAGUAAACAUUGAUACUGUUUGUUUCAUGAUGUUAGAAGUAUGUUUUAAUAUUAUAAUAAGUUUAAGUCUGAUAAUUUAUAUAUGUAAUGUCAGUUAUUUUUGAUCUGGACCCCUGUAAUUCACUGCAAUAUAUGUAUUUAUUCAGAAGUAGUUCUAUUAUUAUACGAUUUUGAUGUAAUAAUUUGUUUGAUCAAUAAAAUCACGUUUAAAAUA